AUGUCCUCCUAUGUCUUCGCCGCCCUGGCCAUUCUUUGGUCGUAUGUGGCUUACAGACUGCUCUCAAUCGGGAAACGUGAUGCUCGCCUCCCACCGGGCCCUCCCACCGUCCCCGUGCUAGGAAAUGCUCAUCUAAUUCCCACAACAGGAAUCGGAGUCAAGUUCAAAGAAUGGGCGGAGAAAUACGGACCCAUCUACUCUCUCAAAGUGCUCAACUCGAAUAUCAUUGUGAUUUCCGACCCACAGAUCGUGGGCAAUCUCCUCGACAAAAAAGGCGUCAUCUACUCCGACCGACCGGAAAAUGCAGUGGCCAUGCAUAUCACUGACGGCCAUCAUUUCUCCUUUGAACAGCAAGGCCCGUCGUGGAAGCUUAAGCGGGCCAUUGCCGUGAGACACUUCAGUCCGCAGAAAUUGGACUCGCAUCAUUUCCGGAUUCAAGAGGCGGAAUCGGUCAUUUUCAUGAACAAUCUGCUGGAAGACCCGGAUCGCAUUUUCGAAUAUGCGCGCCUCUACCCGGUCUCGGUGGCUUGCAUUCUCCUCUACGGCCAGCGAGCCAAAGAUCUGAACUCUUGGUGGUAUAAGGGAUUCUACGAGAUGAUGGAAGAGUGGGGAGUGGUUCUCGAACCAGGGGCAAACCCUCCCAUUAAAGAAUUCCCUGCACUGUGGUACAUGCCCGGCCGCUGGAGGAAGAGGAUGAACCGCGUGAAGAAAAUGCGAAACGAGCUGUGGACCAAGGCGAGACAGAUCGUCGACGAACGGCGAGCCAGAGGCGACAAGCGGGAUUGUCUGAUCGAUGAGAAGCUCGACGAAAUGAGUCGCACCGAAUGGCCACUUCCCGAAUUUGCAUUCAACAACCUCUUUGGAGAGCUAGUGGAAGCUGGCGCUGAUACGACGGCGAACCAAGUCUUGACGAUCAUCAUGGCUUUGGCCAAGCAUCCAGAAGUGCAGAAAAAGGCGCAGGCGGAAAUUGACCGUGUCUGUGGAACGGAGCGAGCUCCGCAAUUCUCGGACUUUGAGGCCCUUCCCUAUAUUAACUGCAUCAUUAAGGAGGGACUACGGUGGAGACCAACGAAGCACGAUCUUCAUCGCCGUGUGGGCUAUGCAUCAAAACGAGAAACUGUACCAAGACCACGAGAAAUUCAACCCGGAUCGGUUCCUCAACCAUCCGAACUUGCCAACGAAUACGCAUCAUCCCCAGACUAUGAUAACCGAGAUAAGUUCUCCCUAAUAUCAUCCUUUGUGUCAUUCGAGCACCACGGACUAACCUUUUUUUUAUCUCGGCACAUCACUACGGUUACGGAGCCGGACGUCGCAUCUGUCCAGGGAUCCAUCUGGCUGAACGGAACAUGUGGCGCAUCACCGCCAAGCUUCUCUGGGCCUUUAACAUCUACGAGCCUAUUGACCCUGCGACCAGCAAGACCAUGCCCUUGGAUGAAAAUGCAUAUAACUCAUGCAUCCUGGUUAGCCCGCUGCCAUUCAAGAAUCAAAUAUUAUGGUCAUUUAUCUUACAAAACUAAACAAGUUUUAACGUCCAUACCGAGCCUUUCGGCUAUGACAGACCCCGAAUCAUGGGCGAUGCCCCUAUCUAGUCUCUAA